UGAACCACCAGUCUUUAUUGCUGCAGCUCUUCAUUUUCACAUUCUUCACAUCAACCAUCAGCAUCUUUGAAGCCGUACAAAAAUGUGUCUGAAAACUGGAAAUUCUGGAUUCAAAUAUUUAAAUUAUGUCUUACAUUGACUUAAAUUUCAGUAAAGCCAGGUGGUCUUGUCAGACUCAAGGGAGUUUUGUUGCAUUUAAGGUGCUUGAGCCUUCAAAGAGUCGUUGAGCAUAUAGUGAAACUUUUCAGAGGCCAUAACCCACUAGUCAUCAAUGAAUAAGUGGAUGGUAAUUGUGACCAAAUCACUUUGUCUGAAUCAUCAUGAAUUUCUCCAACAUGUCCACAGUUUACAGCAAUUCAUCUGGGAACCAGACCUCUGAUGCCCUAGAUGUCCAUGCUGUCUGGCAGGUUGUUUUGAUUAUUUUGGCCACAGGAAUAUUGUCUCUAAUUACUAUCAUUGGCAAUAUUCUUGUGAUGGCAGCCUUUAAAGUGAACAGUGACUUAAAGACAGUGACUAAUUAUUUUCUUCUAAGCCUAGCCUGUGCAGACUUAAUAAUUGGAGUCAUAAGCAUGAAUCUAUCUACAACUUACAUUAUUAUGGGACAAUGGGCUUUAGGCAAUGUGGCUUGUGAUCUGUGGUUGGCACUGGAUUACGUGGCAAGCAAUGCCUCAGUUAUGAACCUUUUGAUCAUAAGUUUUGACCGUUACUUUUCUAUAACCAGACCUCUGACAUACAGAGCAAAACGGACACCAAAGAGAGCAGCAAUCAUGAUCGGCUUGGCAUGGGCAAUAUCAUUCAUUCUGUGGGCACCAGCCAUUUUGUUUUGGCAGUACAUUGUUGGUGAGCGUACAGUGCCACCAGGUACAUGUGAAAUUCAGUUUCUGAAAGAACCGAUCAUCACUUUUGGAACAGCUAUUGCUGCUUUCUACUUGCCUGUAACAAUAAUGAUCAUUCUGUACUGGAGGAUAUACAGAGAGACUGAGAAUCGAGCAAAGGAGCUGGCUGCAUUACAAGGAUCUGAAACAAAAACAGCCCACCAGAUUUCUGACAGUUUCAAAAGUAGCAGUAGCUCUGAAACACCAGCAGUUUAUAACACUGAGCAGAUAACUGUCAAUAAGAAAAGCCUUUGUUGUUCCUGUAAAAGAACUCAGUCCUCAGCAGCCUUCAAACCAUACAUGGAACAAAGUAGCACUGGCAGUUGGAACCACACUGAUGAAGAUGCUUCCUCAGCAUCAGAAGAUGAUGAUAAACCCCAGUCACUUGAGAAAAAAAGUAAAUGUUGUAUAAUCACAAAAUUCCACCUCACCACUUCCAGGGUGCCCAAGCCAAAUGUCGAGACAGCACAACAAUACUGCAGAGCCCUUAACAAAGAUCAUUCAGGAAGGAACAAGAACAGAAUUUCAGGAAAUUCUUUUGACAGAGAGGAUAGCAGCAUUUGUAAGGAGUUAGAUGAAUUUGAAGUGAAGACGGACUGCUGCAAAGAGUCAAGAAAGUUCCUUCCAUUAAAAACCUUGCUGCUUACUGGUGCACCAAAAGGAAAGAGUAUAGUUAUGGAUCAACUACCUAAAAAGAAGAGAUCAAGUUCAAGAAAGAAAGCCCCAUCACUUGUGAGGGAAAAAAAGGCAGCAAAGACACUUAGUGCAAUUCUAUUAGCAUUUAUACUAACAUGGACUCCGUAUAAUAUCAUGGUGCUGGUCUCUGCUUUUUGUGCUGAGUGUGUGCCAGCAUCUCUUUGGAACUUGGGAUACUGGCUGUGCUACGUCAACAGUACUGUGAAUCCAAUGUGCUAUGCACUGUGUAAUAAGUCAUUUCGCACCACUUUCAAGAUGUUGCUUUUGUGCCACUGGGACAAGCGGAAGUGGAAGCAAACUCCAAAGCACGUGGCUUUCUUCCAGAAAAAGGCACCUUCAAAUAUUGUGUCAUAAUUCAUUGGUAAGGUAACAAAGCACAUUAAGGCUCAGUGAUCCUAUGUGGAGGAUGGCUUAGUAUCCUAUUCAUUCAAGGAUUCACAGUGUGGAAGCAGCCAUGUGUUCCUAGGAUCCUUGUCAAAGAAGGGGUACAUCUAUAAACAGCAGACAGAGAGAAAAAUGGGAGACCAAAGAAACUCCACCAAAACGUGACAGUGUUUUGAAUUAGUUUCGAGCUUUGUACAUAUCUUUUCUUCUGAUCAUCAAAUGAAAGGUACAUUGCAGGAACAUAUGAAAGCUUGAUACUGGAGGUAAAAGCUGUAUUCCAUAUGCUGCUUAAAGUCAGGUGACUCACAGAAUUGCUCCAUUUCAUAUAAGUACUGACAGUAAAAGACACUGGGAGUAUGGUUCUGUGUCCUUCUAAAACACAGCAGCAUACUUAGAAGAACCGAAUUAUUACCACAUAUAACAUGCUGCUAAAACACAGAGUCUGACUGCACCAAUGUGUCUUCUUCCUGUGAUGUGUUAACAGGUAGCUAGUCAAUGUGAGAAACCAACUUUUUCAACAGCUAUUCUAAGAUGAAUUUGGUUAAAAAUGCAUGUGACUGAAGGGAUGUCAGAUGAAUGAAACAGUUUGUUCCCAAGGUCUGAUUAAUUUCCAGAAGAUUACUGAAAAUCUUUUGUUGAGGUGCUCCACAUGUGUGUAUAUGUGAUAUGCGUGGUAUGCACCUAUAGAGAAAAAUAAGGGUGCACAAUGUACAGUAACACUGAUACACACACACACACACACACACACACACACACACACACACACACACACACACACACACACACACACACACACACAUAAAAAAAAGCUUCACACUAACCUCAUACCAGUCUAUUUCUAGAGAAUCUUAUGAAAGCAAUUAUUGAACCACAUUGACUCUGAAUUCAACAGCAGUCAUAAAGGAAAGCUUAAGAAUUCCUAUAAAACUGAACAAGAAUGGAACUUGCACCCAGUAAAUUCACACAAUAAAGAAAAUAUAUUUAUUUGUAUUUAUUUCAUAUUUGGUGACUGGUGCCAUAAAGCUAAACUGUGUAGCUUUCAAUGGGUUAUAGGUGGGACUGAACAGUAUCAAAUGUAGUAGUGACAAUAAUGCAUGUACAGAAACAAUAAAUGUAAGGUACAGGUAGCAUAUAAUUAUGAAUAUAAAACCAAUAGAACAGUUUGAAAACAAUGUAAAGAGCUGCCAUGCAGAUUAUUAACUACAUGGUGAAGACAACAGAUUCCAGUUAAGAGAUAAGUAAGAUAACUUAGAAAUGUGGUAAGCAGUUUGUGUACAUGAAAACAGUGAUACAACUAAGUUAUAGAAUUUAUUUUUUAUUUAUAAUUUGUAUAACUAUACAAAGCCUCCUGUGCUGAAAUGGCUUUUUCAGGAUGUGGCACGUGCACAAUCUAGUAAAGAAAAUUGAGUGGCAUCAUAAAGCAUGCAGGUACAGUUUGGAGAAUUUGGGCUCAUUUCUGCUUAAUGCAGUAUUUUUGUAGUUUGUUGAUCUGACAAGCUGCCUUUUCAAAUCACAGACAGAAGUGCUAAGAAAGAGGUGUAUCUGCAACUUCAUGUUUAAUCUGCAGUUAGCAAUCACCAAGAGAAGACAUAGCUUGUCUUAAGAAUGGGGCUGAUGAAAGCCCAUCAACAGAAAAAAGUUAGCAGGACAGAGUGUUAUGAGAAUCUAGUGAGAAUUAGCUGAUAUUCCAUUGCUGCUACAUCCUUUUGUGGUGACUACUGUGCUUGUGGGUUUCUUCAGAAAAGCAAAAUAUCUGUUAAGUCUUUUUAAUUCCUCACACAAACUUUACAAAAGUGGGUGUGGCAGUUUUGUUUUUAUUUUUCAUUAUGCAAUGUUAGUUGUAAUGAAUCAAGUUUGAAAAUGCAUUUGUUUGUUUGUUGAUUCUUGAAUUGUGCUUUGUAAAUCACAUAAUGUGGUACACUGAAUAGAAAUUGUCAAUAGUAUAAAGUGCGUACGUAUAAUACUGUAUCUAAUAUCCUGCUUUCAGAAUGUGGAAGCUCCUGCUUUUGAAGAAAUGUUGCAGUAUUAAAAAGGAUUUCCAUUGUAAAAAUGGUUUUCCCUAGAACUGGAUCAGAGAGUUCAGCACAGCUUUGUUCCCAACUGCAUCACAACCAGAUACAGUACUUAAUUUCUUGAUACCAUGUAAGUUAUUACAACAGAGGCACAUCAUUGCACAACUUUCCAGCACUUUAUUUCACAAAGGGUAUCAAUGUUCUUUGUAAUAUUAUUUUCACCAAAUGACAGAAAUAAAACUGGAACAUAACUCUGCUUCUCCA